CAGCCACAGCUCGAAUAAAAUGACCCACCCAACGGACUUUUCUUACCAUCCUCUGCCAAAAAGUGGCCAGAGCCAACACACCCAGGAGAGCGGCGAUGCUGGCCUCUCCUCCAACAUGAAGCACAAGUUCAGUGAUCAUUACAACGAACGUGCUUUGCCUGUGGCAGAUGAAGGCAUCUUUGGAAAACCCACUCCUAAUGAAGAAGUAGGCCUAGACAUUGUUACGGCGAUGAAAGCAAAGAUCUGGUCACACCCUAAUAAUGCUGGUCCAAAGGCAGAGGGACACCCUGUGUCUGCUGAGGGAGGGUUCUCAAAACCGUCUACUUUAAACAACUUUCCACCAGACACCCUGUCAAAGAACAGCCCACAAGAGGAAACGGUUUUACCCGGAAGAACAGCCAUUACAGAGGGGCAGCAAGAUACAGAGGUAGCAGGAGAAGAAAGCUGCAAGAUGGACACCGGGAAAAACCCCAAACCAAAAGGUCCACCGCUGGUUCCUGGAAAAGGGAGAAACCACUGCAGGAAAAGUGCUGCUGGGAAGUACUGGAAAAUGUACCUUUUAUGUUGGUGGUCAUUACAUGUUCCUGUCUCCAACGGCUUUUCUGGUGCUCAACUUGCAGCAGACCACAAGGUUAAGUGCUUUACGUGCAUGGACAAGGACAGAUGCCUCAAGUUGAUGACCAUAUAUGACAGUGAUCACGACAUUAUUCUGUACAAAAGACACCUCAAUCAAAUGUUUUCAGGAUGCUCUGUAAUCUCUCCAACUGGUCCUAAGAGCUGUGAUGUGUGCAUUCACCAAUUCAAAAUCAUCAUCCUCUGCCCAGAGGAUGUUGGAAAAUUAGACGUGGAAGCUAGUAAUGGGGAACAGAUUAUCAACAUCUCUUCAGUCUGUGAUCAGAAUCAGACUCUUGGCCGUACACCUGAUGGAUUGAUUGUUAGCGGUGGUGAUCAGACUCCUGAUCGUGCAUGCUAUGGAUUAAUUGUUAGCGGUGCCCUGUUGUUGGCCACGGUGGCAAUGCUGGUGGUCUACAGUGACUGAAAGUGGUCGGGCCAUUCUCUCACCGAGCAAAAUUAUUGGCUUCUAAAAAAACUUAGAAAUAGCCUUUAGAAAAUAGCUGUGUAGGGCUGCAACUCAUCAUUGUUUUUAUUAUGAUUAAUUUUCUCAUUAUUUUCUUGAUUAAUCAAUUACAAAAUUAUGUAAUCAAAUUGCUUGUGUAAGGACAUGCUUAUUUAACAAAUCAGCUUUCAGCUCUACUUGAUAACUAAUAAUUAUGUUUUAAAUUAGUGAGCUUUCUACAAAAAUGGCCAAAUGCAUAUGUAACUGUUGUCUUCAUUAAAAAUUGCUUUAAACAACA